UUGAGUACACUAUGUAGGUCCUGCGAUACCUCAACUCCAGUAGUGAUCGUGGCAAACCGUGACGGAGAUGUCGGGAAGUCGACUUCUGAGGAGGGCGCAGGUGUACACUGCACCGUGGCUAGGAGGCGUCACAGGGAUGCGAGGUGCCUGGGGGGGACUGAGCACGACGCUGGCGAGAGAGCUCAACAUAGUAGCGGUCGAGGGCGGCGGUGUAAGGGCACCACGAGGAGGUAUGACCUUCCUGGUGGCAGCGCAAACACCCACGCCGGCCCAAAAUGGACGCAUGCUCCUCAGCGGAAAGGACACCGCGAGGAGGGACGAAGCCCUGAGGGAGGUCCUCCUUAGGGACCUCAAGGGGCGAUGCGCCAAUGUGACCAGAGCGGCUGCGUGCCCGAGAGAGGGUGGAAAGGGCGAGCUGGAGGCGCUCGGCUAUAGGGAGGGUAAAGUCCUCAAGGUGAUAGUGGAUAGCCUCGCAGAGGUCGAGGUCAUCGCUAUGGUCAUCCUCAGGCGACAACGGGGCAACAACGUCCUUCUCACCACACUCGAGCGUGCUGAAGCAGCGCGAGAAGUGGCGGCCCUACUGCGUGGAACGGCAGGGGCGACCGUGGAAAAAAGAACAGCGCUGAGGAGUGUCAUGAGAGAAGGAGGGAGCGUAACGAGUACGCUGGGGCUGGGAGGAGGAAGUGGGGUGACGACAGGCCCGAAUCCGCCCAUUAACCUUGGAAGCCUCGUCCACUCCGACCCGCUUGCGAUCUUGGCUCCCACUUCCGGCCUUCGAAGGGGUAAACAGGCGGGUGAUGUGGACCGAGAUCUGAUAAGGAGGUGCGCGCAAGAGGGGAUUAGGGGCGUCUCGGACCUUGAGAUCGUGAAUCUUGCGUUGGCCGCCAACGAGGAGAGGAAACGAAGGGAUUCCUGGUGGACGGUGACCAGCCAGGAGUCGGAAGGGGAAGGUACUGACGAGGAUUCUAGUGAGGAGAAGGGGGGAUCGAAGGAGGAGAAGAACUCGGAAGAUAACGGGGACAAUAGUGAGAAGGAUGAGCCGGGAAGGCUGGUUCAAAUGAUGGUAGUACCGAUGGGUUGGACGAAUGGGGUAGCAAUGUUCCAAAGGGCCAUGAUCGCGGUCCUCAAGGAGUUCAUACCGGAGAAGGUGGAGGUCUUCCUGGAUGACUUCCCGAUAAAAGGGCCGGUCGAGCGAGAUGAGACCGAGGUUUUCCCGGGGGUUAAAAGGUUUGUGGCCAACCACAUGAGAGAUGUCAGGAACAUCCUCGAGAAACUAGAUGAUGCCAACCUCAUGGUCCGACAGUUUCUAGGGGUUGUGGGCUACUGGAGGAUCUUCAUAAAAGCCUAUGGAGAGAAAGCAGAACCCCUAAGAAGACUCCUCAGGAAAUCAGAAGGAUGGGUUUGGGGAGAAGAACAAGUCGCGGCCAUGGAAGCUUUGAAGGAGGAGUUCCGCGAAGGUGGAGAGGUCCUAGGAGUUCCGUUCUUCGAAGACGAGGAGAGUCGCCCGUUCAUAGUGUCCACGGACGCUGGACCUCAUUCAGUAGGAGGCAUCCUGUCACAAAAGGACGGAGAAGGGAAAGAGAAACCGUUGCGAUUCGAGAGCCGGACAUUGAACCCCGCCGAGAGAAAUUACAGCCAAUUCAAAAAGGAGGUGUUAGGGGUCCUGCAUUGCCUAAAGGCCUUCCGUCAUUACCUAUACGGGCGACGAUUUCUCCUGAGAGUAGAUCCAACUGCAGUAGCGCCAUUCCUUCAAAAGGAUUUAUCACUGACCGAUCCGACCAUUGCCCGAUGGAUGAUACACAUUAGGCUUUACGACUAUAGCUCCGACCAUUCGUGAGGAGGACUUACCUAGGCUUAAGGAGGAAGCAGUGACAAUGGUCGAGGGGGGGAUAAUGAAAGUCACCGCUAAUA